AUGAUUCCUCGUGGAGAGGAGCCCCAUAACAGGGGCAAAAAAGGAAAAUCAACACUCCAAGAAAAAGUAGGAGGAUUUUAUUACACAUUAGGGCUGUUUUGUAUUACUUAUCCUAUUUGUGUGCUAUGUUUUGCCAUUUUCAUUAUUAUUGUUUCGUGGUUGCCUCUGGUUAAUGUAUCAUUCCCAGGAAAAGCUCCUCAAGUAUGGACGGCAAAUUUUAACACAAUUGAUCGCACCCAACCUUUCUGUUAUGUUCAGCAAAUAGUUUUAAGGAUAGCUGUUUUACCAUGGAAAGCUGAUUUAGCUCUUGGAGACGCUUUUAGAGCUCCUCUUUAUGAAGCUUUUAAAUUAUUAGAUGUUGUGCGAAAUUACCAAGAUGAAAAAACUUUAAAAACUUUGGGUCAUCUGUGUCUUCAUAUUGAAGCUAUUAAAAAAGCUAAAGAUGAUAAAUCGGAAGUUUUACCACAAUAUAAUUGUCUCUUACUAUCACCAGCAAAUCUUUGGAACCAGGAUGUACAACAGUUUUCGCAAGACAAUGGAAUUCUCAGUACCAUAUAUAGUCACCAUAGUUUUCAAAAAGGAAAAACUUCGAUAUCAGACAUGGUUUUUGGAAUGCAUCUAUUGGAUACAGGCAUCAAGCGUUACCCUUUAAGAAAUCGACCUCGAAUAAUCCAAUAUGCAGUAACGAUAUUUUUUAAACAGCAUGAUGUACAGUUUCUCGAAGGUUUGAGGGAAAAAUUAAUAACAAUAUAUCCUUUGUAUCAAGAAAAUAACCGGAUUCUCGAGACUGAACUAAAUAACACCGUUCUAAUAGAAUAUCCUGGCGAAAUUAACUAUAUCGAAGCAGUUCCUCUUUUUGUAGCUUUUAUUUUAUUAUUUCUUUAUUACUAUUUUUCAGUUCGAAAAAUCGAAAUUAUCAAAUCAAAACUUGGCAUGGCAUUCACUGCCACUCUCACAAUUUUUUGCAAUUUAACGAUGACCAUGGGGAUAUGUUUCUUUUUCGGUUUGACUCUUAAUUCUGAAGGCGGUAAGGGUAUUAUUCCCUACUUGACACUUCUAGUUGGAUUAGAAAAUGUUUUAGUACUUACCAAAAGUGUGGUAGCAACACCACUGCAUCUCGACGUCAAAAUUAGAAACGCCCAGGGUUUGAGUAACGAAGGCUGGUCAAUAACCAAAAAUUUAUUAUUAGAAAUUACAGUUUUAACUUUCGGUUUAUUUACUUUCAUCCCCGAAAUACAAGAAUUUUGUAUUUUCUCUAUAGUAGCUUUAAUUACUGAUUAUUUUCUACAAAUGUUCUUUUUUUUAACGAUCCUUGGUUUGGAUAUGAAUCGUAUGACUCUGACCAUAGAAAAAAUGAGUCAGAAACUCAGAAAUAAUCUUUACCAGCAACAAAGUUUCUUUGACAAACCUUUUACGGGCGUUAAAGGGCUCGUAAGAUCUAAAUCACAUCCGAGAUUGACUUCUUUUCCCGCUAAUAUUAUAGCAGCUCAAAAACAAGAUCCACAGGAGAAAAUUCCGAAGAGAGUAAAGUUGGUCAAUAUUUGGGCACGAACUAGAAUAUUUCAAAGAUCAUUUAUGCUUCUAAUGAUGAUAUACAUCAGUCUUAUAGCAUACAAUAGCGAUGUUAUGAAUCAAUACAUUCUAAAAAUCAUUUUAGAUGAAAAGAAUAUUAAAAAUGUUACAGUCUCUAACAAAGAAACACUUGCAACAGUAAACAUCUAUCCUAUACCGACAAACCGUUCGCUAGAAGUCAAUUACGUCACAUACAAUCCUUUAGAUCAGUAUCAACAAAACCAAACUCAGGGUCUUGAAAAAUUAAAACAUCCCGAAUACGCGCCUAGAUUGAAAUUACCCACAAGACAUUGGUCGGCCAUUUUGAGAAAAUAUAACGUUUCUUUAAGUGGGCAGAUAAUAGCGGUCCUGCCACAAAUAAAGUUAUCGCACGUAAUCAGACCUGAGCAAGCAGUCUUGUUGAGGAAUCCGAAUGAAAAAUAUGGAGAAAAAUUUCAAUGGCAAGCCCUCGCCGUCGCUCUGGACCCUAUUGAAUUUACAGAUGAUCCUCCAGGUACAAAUCUUCCUCAAUCAGAUCAACCUUUUUACCCCACAUCACCCAUGGAAAUAUUCCUAACGACUAUUCUCUGCUUGAUAAGCAUAAUUGUACUGGCAUAUGCAUUUGUGGUGCUCUAUCGAUGUGUUUGUUCGCGAAAUUAUGCUGAAUGGAGAGCUUCUUGGUUUAAAGAAAAGGUGGAAUCUGAACAGGAAGAUCAAGUUUUAUUAGAAGCCAUGCCUAUUAGUUUGGAAGGCCAUAAUCAAGAAAUAGAGUGCAUAGCUACUGACGGAACAAAUAUUGUCAGUGCUUGUUUAGGUGGGCAACUAAAAGUAUUUGACAACAAUACAGCCGAGCUUAUCUGUCAAAUUGACCGAAAAUCUUACUUUACCAAGCACAAGUCGAUAGAGUUAACAUCAGAAUUAGAAGAAAAUAUCUCUGAUUAUGAAUCGGGUUCACCGCCAACAAGAGAUGAUUGUUUUCCGAAACUUUUAAACAGGAUCAAUACCGAUUUUUCACAUAACACAGAUGAUGACGCCGAUUCGGUUAAUUAUCGCGAUGCCAAAUAUAAUUUUAACAAAUCGUUUCGACAUUUCUAUUUUAACCACAAUUUUAACGUUAGGUUGCGUAAUAAGCGAGAAGACGCUUCUAAAAGGCACAGCCUGAGCGAGAACAUCAACAAACAUCGCUCUUUUAAUUCCGACGAAAGUGAGACCAGAACAAUUCGAAAAGAAAAUUUGACCUACCGUCCAUCGGGCUCGAAUGUGGAAGAUGAGGCGGACAGUAUAAAAGACUUUCAAAGUUUUACGGAGUGCAAGUUAUCGCCCAUUUGGUGUAUGGAUUAUUUAGAUAAUUUGAUAGUUAUUGGAUGUGCAGAUGGACGAUUAGAGUUUUGGGAAGCUUCUACUGGCAAUCUGAAGAAUAUCUUUGAAGAUGGUACAGAAUCGGGUGUAAAUCACUUGAAGAUAAUCGGUGCCAAAGUAAUUGCCGUAAGACUGUGUGGUUCAUUAGACCUACUUCAACUACAAACAUAUAAUCAAGGUAGGCCGAUCGAUUGGAAUUUUACAAUUGCAUAUCGGAGGACGCAUAUGAGAACAUCGUCAGCGGGAUCUAUUUCUGAACAAGAUCUUAAAAACAAGACAAAUUCCGAAGAAGAUUUACGUUGCAUCAAAAUCCAAACUGUUAAAGCCCACCAACAACCAGUGACGUGCCUGGAUUGCGAAGGAGGAAGGAUAUUAACGGGUAGUCAAGAUCAUACAAUAAAAGUUUUUAGGCUAGACGACGGCAGCCCUCUCUACACCUUACACGGCCACUGCGGACCAAUCACAUGUAUCUUUAUUGACAGGGUAAACCCAGCCACGUCGGGAAGUGGUUCACAAGAUGGGAUGCUGUGCGUUUGGGAUCUACUUACAGGGGCUUGUAUGUACAGUAUUCAAGCACACGAUGGCAGCAUAACCUCGCUCACCUAUUCUGCCAGUUACGUUAUUUCACAGGGUUCAGACGAUCGCCUCUGCGUUUGGGAGCGAUUCCAAGGCCACUUGCUCAAUACCAUCAAUGUAUCACAAACUUUUUCAGGCCAAGUGUUGAUGUUGGCCCAACAUUUAGUGAUUUCUGGUAGAAGUGGAGGCUUAAUCAUUUGGGACGUUCGAACUGGCGAUUGUGUACGAACGAUCACUUUAGGAAGAAGACCGUGCAUUUUCAUUAAUAAACUCGUGUUAUUGAGGGAUGCAGUGUUGUGUGAUUAUGGAAAACAGUUAAUGAUUGUGAGAUUUCCGCUUAUGACACAUAAAUUUGACUAG